AAGUCAAAAAAGACUUGGGCAAUCACGUGAGCAAAAACAAUACUAAUCAAGACAUACUUAUCCAGAAUCAAGAAGAAAAGAAAUAUGCCUUUGAUUUAGACAUUGAUACGGAAGAAGGAGAAUACUCAGUGAUAUCCACAACUUCUUCCUACAGAACAUCCAAUUACAAAG